CUCGAAAUACCGAUGAGGAUCGCUGGGUUCAGCCCCGUAACAAGUCGACGUAAUUUCUUAGUCUGGCAAACAUUCACCGUUGCUUGACAUCCACGUGACCGCAUACUGCCCUUCUGCCAGAGCCAUUUGUGACCACUGAGGGGAUGGUACUGGCUUGCCAUGCCUGGUUCAUACAACACACCCACGACAUCGACGACCGACUCUCUCUCAUCUAAUGCAGCACUGUCUCCUUCAUCAAAGUCGUUGACGACCGCGAACGCUGCGCGGCCGAGACUCGCUCGCCAGGAAACCGAACUUUUGGCCAGCUACUAUCAGUCUGACCUCGCCGAUCAGGGCCUCAAGUACAGUCCACCUUCGAAAGCUCGUAACAAGCGACAUAGCAGGAGUAGUUCAGAUGCGUCGACGUCCUCCUCCGAGUACUCCUCCGCUGCGACGUCGUCUGAUGGAGAAAGGGAAGAGGAGCCUGCGUCGCCUCCGCCUCGACGCUCGGGUGUGCCGUCUGAAGGCGGUUCGGACCGACGGCGGCUUGCCAUCGUGCCCAUGGACACGGUCCGGGAGCGUGGUGCAGGUGCGAGCCCCAGUACAAGCUCCUCCAAAUCCCGCAGCCGCGGACGCCUCGAGGGGCUAGCGCUAGUCGCUCCGCCGGACGCCGCCCCAGGAUCGUACUCGAAUCUCUCAUCUCCACCCUAUUCCGCGCCACCCCAUGCAGCCGCAGACCACAUGUCCUCGUCGCUGGCAUCCCCGACGAAAUCUCACGCGCGCUCAACAUCAGAAGUCACAAAUACGUCGGCCAAGUUACGGGAUGUGGGGAUCGUCGGCACGGAAGCUGACCCGGGUGUUGUUGUGAAUGAGCCUCCACAAAAGUUACGGUUGGCGGUGACGCCUUCGAGAUCUGGUUCAUCCUUAUCGCUUCUUCCCGCGACCGCGGGCCCGGUGUUCCAGGAACCGCACCCCUCCCGAGGGCCCUCGCCCCACGCUAUUGUCACCCCGAAUUCGAGCACCCCUGAGCUGCGGUUGAACAUUCUGAAGCGACGAUCGACAGACCUUUCUGUUCACACACCGGAGAUCGGACAGUCGAAGGAUAUUCAUGUCCCCGUUGCAUCACCUGUCGUGGUCGACCUUGGUCUAGACUCGUCGUUGCAUGCUGUCUUCGAUGCGCCUGGGCGGAGUCCUGCUGUCUCUGAAGUCGUUGAGACUCGCGUGCCAGGAUCGCCGACGGGAUCGUUGCCUUUGUCGGCUUAUCUCCAUUAUCAGCCAGGUGUCCAUUCCACCGCAGGACCGCUUCCACCACCGCCACGAGCGUUGUUCACCAUCGAUCCGGCGACACCGCCACCCCCUAGACCGCCCCGGUUACACUCUCCCCCGCCAAGGAGACUAGACGGAGCGUCGCCUUCGCUAAUGUUUUCUUCUUUCUCAUCGAGUGGUUCGAGUUCGACUUCGAGAUCGGUCUCUCCUGCUCGGAUAACCCCGUCCGAGGACGAGCCGCUCCAUCUCCGUGAAGGAGCUUUCUCGCCGUCGUUCAUCUCGCCUGUGACAUCGCCCAUCUGCUCUAGUCCAUCGGAUUAUAGCCCAGCACAGGUCCCCCAGGUGCCGAGCAUCGCAGCUGUCGCAAAACCACCCGAGAAGGAAGAGAAUUUGCCUGAUGAAUGGACGCAUAUCAGCCGUGAUAUGACUUCGUCAUCGGAAGAAGAGGAAGAGGAAGAACCUUCCGUUGAUCAGAAACGGUUUUCUUCUCUGCCGAGGACACCGUCUCCGUCACACGCAAGCUUGGUCUCUUCGCCGCCGCUGCCGGCAUUGCCCAGGAGACGAGCAGUGCGAAAAACUGUGUCCCAAUAUCCCGCUGCGUUGAUGAGCCUAGAGAUCGCGACAAAGAAGACCAGCUCCGAGCGAUGUGCGUUGUACGCCCAGAAGAUCAACGAGCUGUAUCUGCAUGACUGCGGCCUUUCGGUGUGGAUAUCUUUUGCGCAGGAGGGCAAAAAGAAGCGCGCGUAUGGCGGAUUAUCCUCUGUUACCGAGGGUGAAUUCGGAGAAACUCCAAGGCAGGUCUCGAAUACAUCUUCCGUCCGGACCCAGGCAACGUUUCCUCGGCGUGGAGAUGCGACGUUGGCGACGGAUCUCUCGACGAAGCCAAGCGAUGUCGCACCGUUAGUGACGGCUCUACCAUACCCCGCCUUGUCUCUGUCGCCGCGGUCUGUCACGAGCACACUGCCAGCGUCGCUGUCGGCGAGAAUGCUGAGUGCUGCGAGUUCUUCCGGGCGGUCGAGCAAUCUCGGAUUCUUCUCCUCAUUGGGACGCAAGACCAGUAUCAGCAGUGCCAGCAGCCACGGGCACAACAACAGUUUGAGCAAGAGCAGGGGGAACUUUACACUUGGGCAGCCAGCGACGGCGAGGCUGAUCAAGGCUCCCCCACGACCGACGCACACGCCGCAGAAUCCGUCCAUGCCGGGUGGGCCACGCGCUGUCCCAAAUCGAGCGAUUAGAGCUCAGAGCACGAUGGGGCUGUCCAUGGCGCCGAUCUCGCCGCUCUCCCAAGCGAUGUUGAGGCGACCGUCCAUGAUGACCCCGCCACUGGCGGUACCGCCGGGUUCUGCAGAAUUUGAGAGACAGAUCGACAAGCUGUCGCACCUGCUUCCGCAUGCUGAGCGUGCUGUGCUUUCUGGUUACCUGAGACGGACAGGUCAGGAUAUGAUGGCGAUUGGGCAGUAUCUUGAAGACGAAAAGAACGGUGUUCUGAGGCGCGACUAAUUUCACUCAUAUUGUACUCAUAUCAUAUUACUGCAGUCCAGUCUACAUGCUAUGCUCUUUGUAUGUCACAUGAACUAACCGCUACGCUGCA